GGGGCGGAGGACGGCGCCGCCUCCCCCCCGCGUCGUCGCCAUGCACAAGCACCUCGCGCGCGGGAGCGAGGCGAUCACCUUAUAUCGCAGGUUCAUCGAGCUCGCGCGGAUGUUCCCGGAUCCGUGCGGGAGGCACUACCUGUUCAACCGCGUCGCGCACGUGUUCCGACGCCACCGCGGGGAGACGUCCCCGGACGCGGUAGGCAAACACCUCAGCGCGGGCAGGCAGUACGUCCGGAAACUUCGCAGGGCGCUGACGAACAAGGAGGACUACGAGUACGUGUUGAGGCACUCCUACGGCGUCACCGGGCGGUUCAAGCAUUUGCUGCACCGCGCGGAGAUCGAGGCGAGAUCGCCCCCGAAGACGUCGCGGCUGCCGACGACGCUGCCGCCGCUCCCGGGCCCCGCGAAGGAACGGUUCACGCUCGCGGAGUUGAACAGGAUACUCGCCGAGGAGGAGGACGGCGUCGCGCCGAGCCCAGAGAUUGCGAACUCGGUGAAGACGCAGCUCGCGGUGUUGAGGGCGUUGGUGCCGCGCGCGUGGGCGCGACGGGCGAAGUUUCAACCGGAGGGCGGGAACGCCGGCGGCGGCAUCUCGGGGUGGUUCGAACGCGCGACCGGAGGCGACGCGGGCCCCGGGAGCGAAAGGGACGCGAGCGGCGGCGGCGAGAGCUCGAGCAGCGCGGGCGGCGUCGUGCUCAGCUCGGCGACCGCGCCGAGGCCGUGGGAGAUCGAAGGCGAAGACGACGUCGAGAUCGGCGGCGCCGCGGAGGGCGGAGAGGAGGGAGGAAGAAGAGGUCGGUCGCCCGUCGCGUACUUCGACGGCGAUUCCGUCUCGGACUGGGAGGUGAACCAUCUCGCGCUGAUCACGACGACGUUCACGCCGGAUAUCAAGAGAAGAGUCGACGAAGGCGUCGGGAUGAUCCGGAGUUGGAAGAGGUUUUACAAGCUCACUUUGAGCGGCGGCGGCGGCGUGAAGAAGAGGAUAAAGCCCGCGAAGAAACCUCCCGCCGGGGAGGAGGAGCGCACGCCUCGAACGGUGACGUUCGCGCCGAAGAAGAAGCUCAGGAUAUCCGGGAUACCCGCUUCUUGGAGCGACGCCGCGAACGACGACGACGACGCGGAGGACGCUUCGUCGAAGAGAGUCGUUUUGACCUUCGGCGACGCCGUCGUCGACGAGAUCGAGACGGGCGUUUGACUC